AAUAUUUGCAAGAUCACAGUCAAUAUCUGUAGCAAAUGAACCAUGUAAGGAAUUCGCCAAAGGGUCACCAGAGAGAGAUCUUACGCAACAGGCACUUGAAAAAUUAAGCUCAACCUGUGAGGUGGUGCCAUGUGUCAUAGGGGGUGAAGAGAUUCUUACCGGUGAUGUACGAUAUCAAGUCUCGCCUUAUGAGCAUCAACAGAAAGUAUGCAAAUAUCAUUAUGCUGAUUCUGAGCUAAUCAAUAAAGCAAUAAACUGUGCGUUAUCGGUGCGGCAGGCUUGGGAGAGAAAGCCUCUUGCAGACCGUGUCCAAGUCCUUAUGAAAGCAGCUGACCUCGUUUGCACAACCUACCGAUAUGACCUUUUGGCAGCUACAAUGGCAGGACAGGGCAAAAGUGUGAUUCAAGCAGAAAUCGAUGUAAUUGCGGAACUAGCAGAUUUUUACCGUUUCAACUGUAAGUACGCGAUGGAGCUAUCCAACUACGAACUCAUCAGUACAGCCACGAGCACCAAUCAAAUAGACUAUCGUGGACUGGAGGGAUUUGUUGCCGCCAUUUCACCGUUCAACUUUUCGGCCAUUGGUGGUAAUUUGGCUGCAACACCGGCACUAAUGGGGAAUGUUGUGUUAUGGAAGCCAAGCGACACAGCAAUGCUCUCCUCCUGGUUAAUCUUCAAGCUUUUACGUGAGAGUGGGAUUCCUGAUGGAGUCCUCAACUUCCUGCCAGCCGAUGGUCCAGUCUUUGGAGAUGCCGUCACCAGCUCUCCUGACCUUGCUGCAAUUAACUUCACUGGGAGUGUCAAUACAUUCAGACACUUAUGGAAGAAAGUUGGCAAUAAUCUUGAAAAGUACAAAACUUUCCCAAGAUUAGUUGGAGAAUGUGGCGGUAAGAAUUAUCACCUUGUUCACCCCACCGCUGAUGUGCAGUCUGUCAUCAAUGGAUCUGUGCUCUCAGCUUACGAAUUUUGUGGCCAAAAGUGUUCAGCAAUGUCUCGUCUGUAUGUCCCUGAGAGUUUGUGGCCUGAUAUCAAGAAAGGUAUGGUGGACAUCCAGAAGCAGAUAAAGGUUGGCAAGGCUGAAGACUUCAGCAUUUUUACAUCAGCUGUUAUUGAUGCUAAUUCUUUUAAUCGAAUCAAAAGCUACCUGGACCAUGCCAAGAAAUCACCUAGUUUAAAGGUCAUUGCUGGGGGUAACUGUGAUGACAGCAAAGGGUAUUUUGUCGAGCCCACCAUCCUAGAGACCACUGAUCCACAGGAGCGCAUCAUGCAGGAAGAAAUAUUUGGCCCAGUAGUGACUGUUUAUGUUUACCCAGAUAAUAAAUUUGAUGAGACUGUUGAUCUGGUGAAUAAUACGUCACCGUUUGGUCUCACAGGGUCGUUGUUUGCCAAAGAUGAAAACGUUAUUCAAGAGGUUGGUGAUAAGUUAAAGCAAACAUGCGGGAAUUUCUACAUUAACGACAAAUCCACCGGAUCUAUUGUUGGCCAGCAGCCAUUUGGUGGUGCUAGAACUUCAGGAACCAAUGACAAAUCUGGAAGUCCAUACUACUUGCUUAAAUGGACUUCCCCACAAUCAAUAAAGCGAACACAUGCUCCUUUAGCUACUUGGAAGUAUCCACAUAUGGAAUAGAAAUAAACAGGGUUUUGCAGAAUUUGGUCAGAAACAUACACCCCUUGCAGCUGAAUGGUAUAUUCCAGAAUUCUGUAAAUCUUGGUUUACACGGAAAUGCUCAUAUAGCACCCUAUGUGUGUUAAUUUACAUCUUCGGAUGAUUAAUAAGUAAUAAUUUUGACCAAAAAAAUUCAAAAAAAAAUUAUCUGUAAUGUGGGUUUAUUUUAUAUUGCUAGGUAAAAUAUUAUUUUUAAUUGCUGACUAGCAUCUCUAGAUUGAUUGUGGUUUUAACAAAUAAAAUAAAUUUGUUUAUCUGUAGAUACAUUUUAUUAAUGAAUAUUAAUAAUAAUUAAUAUUGUCGGUAAAUCAGUGACUGGAUUUUAACAUUACUAUUUUGCACGGACUGUUAUGUUUUUAAAUCCAUCUGCUUCUUUGCAUACACCUUUUUCUAAGCUUUUAUGCACUUUUAAGUUCAUUAAUGGUAAUAUAGUACUUAAUAAUUCAUUUUGCUUUAGCACCGAUUGAAAAUUUGUACAUAUAAAGGUUAAGUUAUGGUCAAAAAACCCCUAAAAUAGUACUAUAUUAUUAAAGAUAUUUUCUUUACAGCAUAUAAACCAAAGUUUGUAUAUGAUUGCAGAAAUUGUGAAGUAUGUGGUUAUAAUGUAUCCACUAACAUAUAUAAUAAUUAUCUGACCUGGUUAAAAAAAUAUUUUUAUUUAAUGACAGUGAAUCAUAAAGAAAUUGUUAGGCAUAUCCUGAUUUUGCAUGCAUGCAAUGAAAUGAAACACGCAAUACUAACAUGAGAUAGGGGGCACCCUAUUAUAAUUCAAAUAGAGUUCGAACAGGCAUACUUGUAUGGGUCAUUCAGGAAAGUGACAAUUUAGUGGUCUAAAAACCAUGAAAAAAAUGUUUCACAUUUGAAGCGUCCUUGGGCAAGGCGCACUAUCCGCAUAAUUUUUCUCCACCUAGGAGUUCAAGUGGGUCUGCUAGGUGUCAAACACAUGCAAUUCUUUCUAGGGAGAUGUAUGCUAUACGAGCUUAAACCAAUGAUCGUUGUUAUAGGCCUAAUGUGUCCGUUUAGAGGCCUGGUUGGCAUGAAGACUAGCAUAUCAAUAUUAUUACAGUAUUAUUAAAAAAACUGAACAAAUUAAAA